GUAGAACUUCAUGUCCACUUGGAUGGAGCCAUUAAACCAGAAACUAUUCUAUACUUUGGCAAGAAAAGAGGAAUACAUCUCCCUGCUGAUACUGUAGACGGCCUUUUAAAACAAAUUAGUUAUGAUGAACCAGAGACUCUCACUCAUUUUCUUCAAAAGUUUGCUUUGUACAUGCCAGCUAUUGCAGGUGACCGAGAAGCUAUACAAAGAAUCGCUUAUGAAUUUGUGGAAAUGAAAGCAAAGGAGGGUGUGAUCUAUGUUGAGGUGAGGUACAGCCCUCAUCUUCUUGCCAAUUGUGGAGUAGAUCCUAUCCCAUGGAACCAAAAAAAGGGAGACCUUACUCCAGAUGAAGUAGUUAGCUUUGUUAAUCAAGGAUUAAAAGAUGGAGAAAAGGAUUUCAACAUCAAAGUCAAGUCUAUUCUAUGCUGCAUGCGCAACAAACCAAGCUGGUCGCCAGAAGUACUGGAACUGUGUAAGAAGUAUUGGAACGAUACAGUGGUUGCUAUAGACUUAGCUGGAGAUGAAUCAGUUAUUGCGGCCUGUUCAGACCACCGAAAAGCUUAUGAAGAAGCUGAAAGAUAUGGUAUUCAUCGGACUGUUCAUGCCGGAGAGGUUGGAACAUCCGAAGUCAUCAAAGAGGCAGUCAACAUUCUUAAGACAGAACGAAUUGGCCAUGGCUACCACAUCUUUGAAGAUGAACAACUUUACAAACGGUUGUUGAAACAAAAUAUACAUUUUGAGCUCUGUCCUUGGUCCAGUCAUCUCACUGGAGCAUGUAAAACCAGCUUCGAAGAACAUCCUGUAAUAAGAUUUAUGAAGGAUGGUGCAAAUUAUUCCUUGAAUUCAGAUGAUCCACUCAUUUUCAGAUCUACGAUUGACACAGACUACAGAAUAGCUCGGGAUCACAUGAAAUUUACAGAAGGGGAAUUCAUGAAAUUGAAUAUAAAUGCAGCAAAGUCCAGCUUCUUGAAAGAGCAAGAUAAAAAGGAGCUUCUGUACAAGCUAUAUGAAGCCUAUGGGAUGGUAAAAAGCAAAGAAUUCUGAACUCUUCUGUACCGGGCAUCAGCUUUUUUCUUGACCAAUGUUAUGCUUAUUUUGCUUCUUGGAAGACAAUGUGCAAACUUAGUAUUACUACCUUGUUUACUCUUAAUAACCACAGAACAGGGCAUAUACAAAACAGUAUUCUUAUGAUGGUAGCUACUGUGAGUUUCAUUUUAUUUUUUUAAAGAUGGAAUAUAAGGUGCUCAGAUAUCUAGAGGUUGGAAAUAGGAAUACAUUUAUUGCAAUUACAUUCAUUUAAGUUCCAUCUCAGGUAAACCAAGUCUGCAGGCCAUCUAUUAUUUCAAAACUUUCCAGGUCAAAUGAACUGUUUAUAUGCAACAACAGACAAAGCCUAUCUCAGACAUUUUUAAAAUCAUUUUUAAAAACAUAAUCUGCCUCACUAAUAUAUCUACAAGUGAUGUCUUCUGUGCACUCCUAUAUUAUCAAAAAGGAAGAAAGAUCAUAAGUAUUUUUACCAUUG